AGUUAGCGCCCGAGCAGAGGGCUGCUGCUGCUGCAGAAUCCUCAGAGAUCUAGGACAGAGACCCGGAACCAGGACCAGGGCACAGCGCGGUGACGGCACAACGGAACCGGACAGACCGCAAAUGGUUCUCGGCAGCAGCUCCAGUGUUCUGUGCGUGCUUCCUCCAGAGCCCACCAUGCCGAUCGACAUGACCCUGCCCCUGUACCUCUCCAAAGAGGACUUUUCCUACAGGAAGCCUCGGAAAACCUGUAAAUCUGCUCUGAGGUUCCAGCACUCACACCUCCUCGAUCAGUCCAAGCUCCAGGACGACAGAUCCAUGAGCGAAAACGGGACCAAAACCAAAAAGCGCGUAACCUUUGCCGACCACAAAGGCCUGGCUCUGACCCGGGUGAAGAUGUUCUCUCCAUUCAGUGACCCCAUCGACAUUCCCGUGAACAUCCAGGAGCAGCUAAGCUCAACGAAGCCACGCAAAGCCGAGGAGGACCGGCUGGUGCUGGGCUUCGCUCAGCCUGCUUCAGACUACCUGCUGUUCCGUCAGCGCUUGGAGGAGAACCUCGUCUGCCUCGAGCACUGCCUGUUGAAAGAGAAGGCGUUCGCAGGAACCGUCAAAGUCAGGAACAUGUCUUUCGAGAAGUCCGUGAAGGUGCGUGUGACCUUUGACUCGUGGAAAAGCCACACGGAUGUGGACUGUGUGUACAUGAAGGACUCCUAUCCCAGCCUGCACCACGACACCUUCUCCUUCGAAGUGUCUCUGUCCGGCGAGCUGAAGCCGCAUGAGCGCAUCGAGUUUGCCGUCUGCUACCAGGUGGAUGGCUGCGAGCACUGGGACAGCAACCAAGGCAACAACUAUAGCAUCACGUGGUCCUUGAUGAGGAGGGGCCAUCAGCAGGCCUGGAGCAGGCCCUCCUUUAACUAUGGGGUUCACUUCGACCGAUAUGGCAGCCCCACGUGUUCACACGGGAUCUUCCCUGAUUGGCCGGGCUAUGCCGGAUAUGAGAACAUCGGCCCGUACUACUGAGCGUGCUUGCUCUGUUUUUAAAGCACGCACUGCCAUGCUGCACAUACAUGCAGAGUCACUUUUACAAACAUGCAUCUGUUAAUGCCAAUGCUGAAUCACAUUAGAUUCACAUCAGUGCUAAGGAGGGGGAGGGGUGAGGAAGUCUUCCAAGAGUGGAUCUUUUUUUUUUGGGGGGGGGCUUUGUGGUUUUAAGUGAUUCUUGGCUUUAAAACAUGAACUUUAGAAAUGCUUCAAAAAUGGAAACGGUUCAGAAAUUGCCAGAGAAACUUUGUGUGUUUGGGUUGUCUUCUGUUUUCUUACAAUCUUCAUCAUGAAGUUAUCUGCUUCACUAAUCAAAAAUUUAAAAAAUAGGAAAAGGAAACAAAAAACUGAAGCAACUGAAACAAGUUUAAAGAUGAAAACUAGAAGCUGCUUAACUUUAGGAUGACUCAGAUUUCCUGGGGGGGCUAAUCUCAAGUGAUGUGAGGGAGCAUGUUUGAGGUCAGGUGGGCGGGGUCUCAGCUGCUCCUUCUGGUAAGUUGGAUGAUUUAAAAGAAUGAUUUGUGAAAGGAUGACCUGCCUGCAGAUAAUCAUCAGUUUUAUUUCUCACUGAAUUAAGUCUUAAUGACAGAUUUUUGUCUGGGUGACAGAAAUGAGCUGCUUUUAGAAGCUGACAGUCGGUGGGUGGUCUGACUGUGGGGUGGAUGGCUGCAGCUUUAAUGUUUCUGCUUUCUUUCACAGUAAUGCAAAGAUUUGCACAUCAGUUUGCAGGAAAGUGCUUCUGACAUCGGUCACUGAUUAAUUUAGCGUCUGCUCAGAGCAGCUGGUAAGGAAAACAUAAUUUAUUUUUUUAAGAAAGGUGACCUGGAAAAUGUGAUUUUUACCACCUGUGAUGUUCAUGGAUUAGUUCUCAAACUCUGUUUAAGCUACAUGUUCAUUUAGAUGUGUGUAAGUGUGUGCAUCAAUUUCCUGUUUUUAAAAAGUAUUUUUGUACGCACCGAUCAGUGUUGGAGGGAAUCGUGUGUCUGAAGUGAACAGUGUGUGUUAACGAGGGUUUUAAGGAAAGCCGGUGAAUAAAGUUGAAUGUUUAAAGUUGGUGUAAUGUGACGGUGAAAUGUUUUCUGUGGCAACAGCCUUCUGUCUUACCCCUGAGUGACAGAACAAUAAAAUGUGGAUGUUUUU